AGGUGGCGUGUACGUUUUUGCAAUGCCUGAACCAGCGAAGUCUGCUCCUGCCCCGAAAAAGGGCUCUAAAAAGGCGGUGACCAAGGCGCAGAAGAAAGACGGCAAGAAGCGCAAGCGCAGUCGCAAGGAGAGCUACUCCGUGUACGUGUACAAGGUGUUGAAGCAGGUUCAUCCCGACACCGGCAUCUCGUCCAAGGCCAUGGGCAUCAUGAACUCGUUCGUCAACGACAUCUUCGAGCGCAUCGCGGGCGAGGCGUCGCGCCUGGCGCAUUACAACAAACGCUCGACCAUCACGUCCAGGGAGAUCCAGACGGCCGUGCGCUUGCUGCUGCCCGGGGAGCUGGCCAAGCACGCCGUGUCCGAGGGCACCAAGGCUGUCACCAAGUACACCAGCUCCAAGUAAAUAUAGUGUGUAACAGCGCUAGCGAUUACAAAAGGCUCUUUUAAGAGCCACCCACGUUGUCUCAAAGAUCUGUAACUCCAAAUGUGAAAAUGGCUAGGGUAGUCAGUGUAAUAAAUCUCGGGACACAUUACUUCGUCUUACGGUUCGGAAAGAAGGCCCAAGAGUGCCUCUGUAGGCAGUUAACAUUGUGGUGUGUUCUACUUGGCUCCUACAUUUAGCUACUAAAAAACAACGUAGCCUGGAGUUCUCGUUUAUCUCGCUCAUCUAGAAUUGUCUCCACCUCGAGAGGUGUGUUUUCCCCGUUUUCAGUUUCAUUUUGUCAUCCCCAUUCCCCUUAAUGGGGAGUAACCAGGGGAAAAUAUGGAGUCUUAAAUAAUUUCGAGUGGCUUUUAAACAAAAAUGAGAAGAUUAGAUCAAUCGUGAGAAAACGAAACUACUUUUUGUAACUUCCUACUGUUAGUUUGCAAGCGGUUAGAGCUGCAUCUGAUAGAGAAACCACCUCUGCAGCUUGCGUUUGUAAACCACAGCAGAUCUCACCCAGUCUUUCUCAUACCUGCGUCGUUCAAGACCACUAAUUUUUUCACUGAAUG